AUGGAUCCUUUACCACAGUUGUCUCCCGAGGAGUUGAAGCAGGAUAGGUCGCCCCUCGUUCUGGGUGUGAUUACCAUGUGCCUUUUCAUAUCGACGGGCAUACUGGUCCUGAGACUCUGGACUCGCUUCCACAUUGUCAAGAGAAUUGGCAUAGAUGACUGGGCUGCCGCUUGCUCGUUGAUAUCGGUACUAGGCUGCGGUAUUGCGCAGGCAGUUAUGACACGAUACGGUCUCGGCAGACAUCAACAGACGCUUACACCAGAAGAAAUGAUUAAAGUCGCAAAAUGCUUUUGGGUGUCUGUCCUUUUCUACGCCCUGGGUCACAUACUGUUCAAGAUGGCCUUCUUGCUCCAAUACUACCGCGUAUUGGUCACCCACCACAUGCGCAAGUUCUACAUCGCCGCCAUGAUCUUUGUAAUGGCGUGGGGAAUUGGCGUUGUGGUCAUAAUGUGUAUUUGGUGCAUCCCUCUCGAUGGCUUUUGGGACCACUCGGUCCAGGCAAAGUGUCUUCCUCAGGAAGUCUUAUACUAUGAGUUUGGAGCCUGCAGUAUCUUAACGGACGUCCUCAUCUUCCUUCUGCCGCUCCCGGCGUUGAUCCAGCUCAAACUUCCCAAGUCUCAAAAGAUCUACCUGUUUGGGAUCUUCAGUCUUGGAUUCUUGCUUGUGGCAAUAUCUGUCUUGCGCCUCCGAUACCUCACGGUCGAACCGGAUUUCAGUUGGUGGAACGUGGACCCCGCCAUGUGGUCAAUUGGCGAGCUUUCGGCGGCAAUGGUAUGCCUUUGCCUGCCGCCUCUGAAAGCCCUGGCAGCCCGUAUGGGCCUGAUUGCCACGAGGACAGAGGCGUCGAGGACCGCUCCCUCGGCCGACCAGAAUAGUCGCGGCCUGGCCUCAACCGCACCGCUUUCGCCCACUCCCAAGGCCGUCGAGACCUACACGACGAACUCUCCGAGCGAGAAGCCUGGUAGCUUUGGCAACUUUGUGAUGGACAGUGAGCGUUGUGACGACGAAGUGAUCCGGCCAAGUCCUGCCCACAUGGUUUGA